GGUCAAAAACCGCCGGUGGAUUAGGUUACAAGGGCGGACCUCGCUCGGCCAACGUGGGCUCGGGCUUUGGUUCGGAUGAGGUGCCAAACCCUCGGCUGAUCACCUCCGGAACCAGAAGUUGGCACAGAGAGAGUGGCAGAGAGAGAGGGAGAGAGAGAAAGGGCCGCGGGCGAUGGAAAGGGGCGGCACCGCCGCCCUCCAGUUCUCUUUCCAGAACGCUCACCCUCCGUCUGCAGUCGCCUACAGGCCUCUGCUUUCCCGGCGUCAGAACUCCCCUCGAUCCACUCGCGGCGCCCCCACGAGGCCACAGCUCUUACCCGGGCAGUUGUGGUGUCAUUCUUGUUUCAGAAGGAAGCAUGCGCCCAUGCAUGUUGUUGCACAACAUUCUGCAGCAAAAGCUUUCAGUUCUAAUCGUCCAGAGGAAACAAGCUUAUGUGGUGAAGAAAUACAGAAAGAUAAGUUUCUCAUUGAUUGUGGAGCAGAUCAAGAGUGCGUGAUUGGAGGUAUAGUCGCCUUAGGCAAGUUUGAUGCUCUUCACAUUGGUCAUCGAGAACUUGCAAUACAAGCAUCAAAAGCUGGCACUCCUUUCCUUCUUUCAUUUGUUGGAAUCGGAGAAGUACUUGGUUGGGAACCAAGGCCUCCUAUUGUUGCGAAUUGUGACAGGAAGCGGGUUCUUUCUUCAUGGGCUCCUUAUUGUGGUAAUGAAGUGCCCCUGGAAUACAGUGUCCAGUUUUCAAAUGUCAGGCAUCUCACUCCAAGGCAAUUUGUUGAAAGGUUGUCGAAGGAUCUCAAAGUAAGUGGAGUAGUUGCAGGUGCGAAUUACAGAUUCGGAUACAAAGCCUCUGGUGAUGCAUCAGAGUUAGUGAGACUCUGCAAGGAAUAUGGUCUGAGUGCAUUUAUCGUAAGCCCUGUUAUGGACAAAACUCAGCGAUCAUACAAUGGAGCAUUCAGAUGGAUAAACACAGAUGACAAAGGUCAGGUAUCGUCCACUCGCGUACGCCAUGCUCUUGCCAUCGGUGCAAUGGAUUAUGUAGCAGAGCUGAUUGGUCGAAAGCAUCGUCUUGUCCUGUCAUUGCAUAAACACUGCUGCUCACAGAAGGGAAUUUCAAUUCCAAAGUCAAGCUUGUUAAACCAGCCACCAAAAGAUGACGCCUACAUCAAUUGCACUAUUGUGAUAGAUGACAAGCUGGUCGGGCCUGCAAAUGUGGUUAUUGACGUCGAAAACAUCAACAUAGAGUUGAAUGAUACGAGCAUGGAUGCAGAGGAUCUCAUUCAUGAUCAUUGUUUCCUUGGGAUUGAAUUUGAUUAGUUGACACUACUAAUGGCCUUAUCAUUUUCACUUAAAUGGGUUCGAGUCGAAAUAGGUGCACAGGUACGUUGUAGACCAAGCAAAAGCAGAAGUCCACCUCCUCAUCUUAGAGUAAGGCUCCAUCUCAGCUUGGGGCAUUGAAGUGGUUUCACAAGGAAUUGCAAGGGCUAGAUUUCAAAUACAGGUUCAUCAGUCAUCAUUAUUCGUCAAAAUGGGUGUCUAACAUCUCUCUUUCACGAAACUAUCUCUCUCGAAACCGAUUUUUUAAAAAGAAUUAUGUUUUCUUUUUCACUUUCUGAUGUAUUUUUCAUAUUUAUGCUGGUCACUUCAAAGUAGAUAAGGUAUAUUUUCCUCCACAAUAAAGCUUAGAGUUGUUCUGUC